AGGCGCAUUCAGGAAGUGAGGUCUGGCUGGCUCGGGUCCGUUGCUGUUUUCAUGAGAACGUAGCUGUACACGUUAUUGAUUUGCGGCUUAACUAGCUGCCAUAUUUUAGAAUGCAAGACGAUAAAAGCAUUGCAGCCAACCGGACUGCACGCUAACCAGUUUAUUCCCGCCUACUGGGGGAACGCGGACAGAAGGAGGGAGACUGGAUUCAUGUGUGGCAGGCGGACUUUGGUGACUUAACUUAGACUGGGUGCGCCUGGAUGAGAAUAAUAAUAUCGCUGUUGUUUAGGAUUGUUUCAGGUAUUCCAGCUGGAUAGAAAUGACUCUUCAAGUCAGCUGCCUGUCAUUCAGACAGCCAUACGCAGGGCUCGUAUUAGAUGGUGUCAAAACAAUCGAGACGCGUUGGCGACCCCUGCUGGGAGCCAUAGAGAACUGCACCUUGGCCGUUCACAUCGCGCAGAAGGACUGGGAGGGCGAUGACUGGAGAGAUGUCCUGACGCACGCGCUGGGGAUGGACCUGGUACAAGUAGAGGAGCUCGUGACCUCCGGGGAACGGUACGGCCGAGGAGUCGUGGCAGGGCUGGUGGAGGUGGGGGAGACGUGGCAGUGUGGCGUGGGGCAGGCGGGGGCCGAGCUGGAGGGGCUGGAGAGGGCAGCGCUGCUCCGAGGGCUCCAGGACAAACACCUGACCCUGCUCUCCAACCCCCGGUGGCUGCUGCAGCCCCUCUACGCUCGGGCUCACAAGGACCUCUGGACCAUAGACAUACCUGUGGAGCUGCUGCCUUCGUCAUCAUGAUCGCCAUCACCUGGCACGCGGCAGUGGAGAGGGGGGGAGAAAAGGAGUGAGGGAGGGGGAGUGAUAGAGGGACAGAGAUUCAGGAAGAGAGAGAAAAAGGCGUGAGCAUGGCACGACCAGAACCAGAAACCAAAAACUGGAACCAGGGGGGUUCUGAUCUAGGAGGGAAAAUGCAGGGUCAAGAGGAGACAGGGUCCCAUAUUAAGGGUUCUGCUCCAACUCUGUCUUUCUGUCGGGUAAGACCAGAGCAAACUGCCGUCAUGGAAGGUCAGAGGUCAAAGGGCUUUGAAAGAGACAGGUGGGGCUGGACCUAUCGUCGGGUGUGGAGGUAUAAAAUGGAUUGAACUAAUCAAAUGGGUGGAUGAAUUAAGAUACACGGCAAGACAUUCAGAAAUUGCAUUCAUGUUUUUCCAAACUGCGUUUUGACUUUGUAAAGUAAAAUGUGAUUAAAGGCUGAUAUUUUCAUGCA